AUGGCUACGCAGGUGUUGAUUGCCCACACGGGCCAGCGCCUGGAGGUCGAAACCUCGCGCUUUUCAACGCUGGACGACUUGAAGGCCUGGGUUGCCCGCAAUAGCGCCGUUUCGUUGCAGCACAUGGUCGCACUGACGCCCCAAGGCCGGAGCGUCAAGUUUGCGAGUAUGCAUGCCGAGACGACGCCCCGACACGUUGCUGACGUUGGCCGUUAUCGGCUUGAACAGAAGGAGCUCUACAUUUACGACAUCCGAGUCAGCCAGCAGGCCGCCGCCGGAUCUUCGCCUUCCCUCGGCACCAAAGCGCAACUACCCCGACCGUAUGCGAUCCCAAACGCCCCCAACUCCAUAGACGACGUCGAGGAUAUGGAGUCGUGGCGGGAGCUGUACAAGGCCCGCCGGUCCUGGGCCAUCCGCCUCGCCGAGGACUGCAGCCGGCUCGACACGGCGGCCCGCGCGCGCUAUGAUGAGACCGACGUCAUGAUCAAGUGCCUCGACGCUGCCCUGGCCAACCUCGAAAUUAGUAUCAAACAAAUUGAGCCCAAGUACGUCGAGCUGAAGAAGUGGGUAGACCCCGCGCUGCUGGAGCAUGACCGCCUAGCCGGCUCCUGGGAGCAUUACCUCAGCCUCGCCCGGAACACGCCCAUAGCACCCGCCAUGGUCCAGUUCAUGACCAACAGAGCGCCUGUCAAAGAUGACCCGACGCUAGAGGACCUCAUCGAGCUUGAGACUGCGAGAAAGGCCGGCAAGCUAGCACCCACCGCGCGGCGCCGGUUCGGCGACAAGGCGGCGGACCUGGAAAAGGCGGCCAAGCAGAUGCAUCAAGGCCUGCAAUCGCUCAUUGCUGACUUUGAGACGCUCACGAAUCGAUCUUCCCUGACACACAACAACGACACGGCACAGCUGCUCGAAGACAUCGAGGUUGUGGUAAAGCAAAUCGAUGAAGAUUACCGCUCCGCAUUGACGUAUGGAUCUUCACAGAGGGACCUGGCUCAGGCGUCCAAAGUUGCCUCCAACCAUACCGAGCGGCUGGUUCCGAACCUCAAGAAGCGAGCAAAGGAGAUGGACGAAAUGCUCUACUACGCCACAUCAGCCAGAAACUCCAUCGCAGCCGAAUCUGUCCGCUUCAUGAAAACCAUCACCGGGAUUACUGCCCAGCACAGCGGUGUACGCAACCAAAUCAAUGUCCUGAACUCUUCAGAGGACGAUAUGACGACAUUUGACUACUUGCGACUCAUCUACCAGCUGCCGUACAUGUAUGCAUCCUUUGUCGUUGAGACAAUCCGCCGUCGAGAGUGGACGGACAAGGUCAAAAUGGACUCGUCGACGCUCGCCAAUGAAAUGGCCCUGUUCCAGGACGAAGAAGCCAAGCGGCGGCGACGAUGGCAGAAAAUGGUUGGCAGCACCUAUGGGCCUCAACUAGAAACCAAAGUUAUGGGGCUCGAGGUCAACUUGCUUGGAGACGAAGAAGCCUGGCCACCACUCACCAAAGACGACCUCGACGACUUUCUCCAGCACCUCAAGGCACAGCACACUGAUGAAACGCUGCUUGACGAUAUUACAAAACUAGUGCAGGAGCUCGUGAGUCCGACAAAACAGCAAUCGAAGCGCCUCAAGGCUUUCAAGAAUGGGAGCAUUCACGAGGCAGCUUUGGGAAGAAGUGGCCUGUUGAUUCGCGGUGACGAUGAUUUGCUACGCUCGCUCCAAGAUGACAAGUCAAGGCUUGACAGCAAACUGAAGACCGCGGAAAGCCGCGUGCGGCGUCUCGAAGAUUUGCUACACAGACAAAGCCAGGCCUCCCGACAUGGAAACCUGUUCCAGCCCCCGGCCAUGCAACUCCAAGAGCGACCAGGCUCCAGUGCGUCCAUCAGAUCAAAUCGCCUCGAUGAUCGCAGACGAUCAUCCGAUGGCGCUGAUCCUCUUCUGCGGCGUAUUGCACAGCUCGAGAAUGACCUGCGUGAAGAGAAACAGCGCUCGACUAACCUCCAAAAAGAUGUCGAGUCCAAGUCCACGCAGCACAACGAGAUUCAAAGCCAGAUGGAGGAGGUAAAUUCUACCAAGAAAGAUCUUAUGGAGAACAUGGAAGCGUUCAAGCGUGAGUUUAUGGAGGAGCGCAAAUCUCUAGAGGACGAGGUUAAAGCUCUCAAGGCUCGUUUAGAGGAAACGGAAGACGACAUGGAUCAUUUUGGAGAGUCUCGCGAGAACGAGAAAGCCUCAUACGACGAGAAGCUGCAGGCGCUGGAGGACGAACUUCAACGGCUGAAGAGGGAGCACGAUGACGAGAGCCUCAAAGCACAAGGCCAGGUUGAGUUUUUGCGCAAAGAAGCUCAGCUCCAGCGUGAGAAACUGGAUGUUUCGGAACAACUCGUACAGACUACCAAGGACGAGUAUCACAGUGCCAUGCGUCAGUUAAAGGAAGCAGAAGCGACUGCAGAAAAGCAAGUCGAGCUUCUGAAGAAGCUUCACGAAGACAUGGCACUGGGUAGUAAAACACCCGAUAACGCCAUUGAUUUGACAGAGGCUGUUUCUAACUAUGCUGCGAAUUUGCUCUGCAAACUGCGAGAUUCUGAAAGCGAGGCGUCCAUGCUCAAGACGAACCUGGAUCAGGCAACAAUCAACGGCAAAGAACUCCGCACCGAGCUCGCUGAAACGAGGCUGAUGCUUGCUCAAGAAGAAAUGGCCGCCAUGCAUCUUCGAGAGAACCUGGACGAAGAGAAAGCCAAGAUCACUGCUCUGGAAGGGGAGCUUAACGAAGGCAGGGAGCAGCUUAGCACGCUGCGCGGCCAGCUAUCCGAUGGCGAAACAGGCUCAGAGACGCUGCAAAAGAAUUUGGAAGCUACUGAACGCAAGGUGUCUGAAUUGACCGAGGAUCUUGCCUCUCGGCAGUCGCGUUUGGGAAGCCUCGAGGAGGAAGUUCAAAUGUUCAGAAACAAGAUGGAGUCUGUGCAAGAGAAGCUAUCGUUAUCGACCAACCAAUACGAGGCACGAGACGAGCGAACAAAGGACCUGACUCAAAGAGUGUACUCGCAAAACGACCGCUUGACGCGCCUCUUGGAACGCAUCGGCUAUUCUGUAACCAGAGAUGGCACUGACAUGACUGUAACCAAGAUUCCGCGCGGCGAGAGACAGGGUCAGAGCGCACACGACUUGUCGGACCCUUCUUCAUCUGUCAAGCGAUCGACAAGCUUUAGCAAGCCCGCGAACAAUAGCUUCGAUCUCGAGCUUCUCCACUGGAUACAUAAUAGCGAUGCUGUGGUUGAAGAACGACAAUAUUCCUCCUUUAUUCAGUCGCUCGGCUCAUUCAAUAUGGAACUGUUCACUGAUACAGUCUAUCACAGAAUUAAAGAGGCCGAGCACAAGGCUCGCAAGUGGCAGCGUGAAGCCAAGACUUACCGCGACAGAGCUCAUCUGUAUCAGAGGGACGCGAGCGACAAAAUUGCCUAUCGGCACUUCAAGGAAGGCGAUCUUGCACUCUUCCUGCCGACACGUAACCAGCAGGCUGGAGCCUGGGCUGCAUUCAACGUGGGCUUCCCGCAUUUCUUCCUGCGCGAGCAAGAUUCGCACAAGCUUCGACACCGUGAGUGGCUUGUGGCUCGCAUUACCCGCAUCCAGGAAAGAGUCGUGGACCUCUCCAAGAGCCUGACAGGAAGCAGCGUGGGCAAUGUCAUGCAUGAUGAGGAAAAUGACAAUCCCUUUCAACUUUCCGAUGGAUUGCGUUGGUAUCUCAUCGAUGCUUCCGAGGAUAAGCCUGGUGCCCCCUCAACACCGGGCAUGGGGAAAUCCACAGUCGCAGCGAAUAAUGUGGAGGCGACGGCGAAUAUCCAGUCUCAAGCGGUCCGCGUCAAGGGCAAGAAUCGCGACAGCAUCAGCAGCAUUGAGGGUAUCAACAAAACGCUGUCCAAGAGCCUCGAGAGCCGCCGCAGCAGCUCCGCCUCGAAGAAGGUGCCUUUUUCCAUUGCUGGCGGAGCGGCGCUUCUUAAGAGCAGCGCGCUGGCCAGCGAGACGGACUCGUUGCGUGCGGCGGCGCCAGAGACGCCCGCAGGCACCAGCCCGACUCAACCGUCGCCAGCGGGCGCGAUGGUGGCCAAGCAGCAGGCCGGGGAUGGAGCGGCCGAUGCGGGCGAGGGGCCAUCCAGUCGUGUGGCCGAGACUCGAAGCAGUGUGCAGCGAGAGGAAUCCACCGAGAGCGUGGACAAUAAGUCCAUGGUGUGGGAUCCGCUAUGGACUGUUGACUACACUUACGAGAGCCUUGGGAAGUAG